AUGUGCCUCUUGCCUUUGUGUAUCUCUUGCAUAUCUUUAGUUAUUACGUCAAAUCAAAACUGUCAAAAUAUUGAUUUUAUUUGUGGUUAUGUUUUUGUUGUUGUAUUUUCAAAAUUUCGGAAUAUAUCAUUAAAAAUGUCUGAUAAUAUGUCAGAUAACAGGCAAUUAACAUCCAGCCCAAUAUCAACAGCUGCAUCUGGCAAUUUAUCCAGUGAUAUUGAAUUUCUGCCCACUAGUCUAGCUGCAGAAGAGCUCAAAUUAGCUUUGAAUAAGGAGGCAACUGAGGAUGAAUUGCUGACAGCAAUCAACCGUUCCAAAGACUUGGUUCUUGAAAAUGAUCAAUGUUCCCCAGAAAGGAAAUGGCUUGUAAGGCAUUUGAUAGAACUCAGACUUCGACUUCAAGAGUGUAGAGAAGCAAUGGAUGAUCCCCAACAUCCUAGAAACAGAUCUAGUGGGGUUUCAAAGAGAACUGUACGUGGUCACCAUUUGAAUUUACAACCUCUUUUGAGGAACACAGCCUCAAGAUAUUGUGACCAUUGUACAGGCACAAUUUGGAGUGUUGUCCAAGCAUGGUAUCAAUGUGAAGAUUGUGAGUACUGCUGUCAUUACAAGUGUUUGGGUUCCAUUAUCAGAGAAUGUGCACAUGUUAUUGCUACUGAACGUGGAACAUUUGAAUAUGAAAUAUGCCCUGAAAUUGGCCUAUCACAACAAAAGUUUUUGUGUGCUGAAUGUAGAGCUCUUCUGCCAGUCAACAAAGAUUGGUCGGAAGCAAGAAAGUGCGACUACACUGGUCUCUUUUACUGCACCGCCUGCCACUGGGGCAGCAGCGCCGUAAUACCAGCCAGGGUGGUCCACAAUUGGGACUUUACCCCCCAACCCGUCUGCCAAGCCUCCUUGCAGCUCCUUCGAAUCUGUUCCAAAAGGCCCAUGAUCAAUCUCGAGCAGCUCAACCCGAAGCUGUUCCACCUAGUACACGAACUGGAUUUGGUGAGGCGGUUGAGAAAAGAUUUGGUCGCCAUGAAGAAGUACCUGACGGUUUGCAGAAGGGCUAAUGAAGAUCGUCUGUUGUGGAAGAAUGUGGAUGCUCCACAUUUGAUGGCCAACGCGAACAUGUACAGUCUCCAAGACCUAGUCGACACGCACUCUGGGGAGUUGUUGUCGAAACUGCAUUCCCUGGUCGAUGUUUUUUCUAGCCAUAUAAAAGUGCAGUGCGAGGUGUGCAAAGGGAGGGGGCACAUUUGCGAGAUUUGCUCCAAUGAGGAGGUUUUGUAUCCGUUCGAUUUGGCUACUGUUACUUGUGGGGAUUGUUGUUCUGUGUUUCACGCGCAUUGCUUCACGAGGAAAGAUGGUUGUCCUAGGUGCUUGAGGCUAAAGAUGAGGCAGGAAGAGAAGCAAAAUAAUAAUGAAAAUCCUGCAUGA